AUGUUUAGAAUCCAGGUAAACUUUGAAAUUGCUAGAGUCGAACAGGACUUCAAAGUCGUGUUAGUAUUGGUACAAGAAUGUAAUGAUCUCUGUGACAAAACUAAGGCACUCUCUAAUAAAACUCAAUUUACUAGUCUAAGCUGUCAUCUAAUAAAACAAGAAGAGCAGCUCAGUUGGCAUAGAAGUAGUUUGCCAAAGAACAUCAGGAAUCGCAUUAAAAGAGGAAUCUUGGGUAAAUUCCUAACUAGCAUAUUUGAAGUCAAUGACGAAGUUUACCAAGACAUCGAUGCACUUCUAGAACAUCAAUCAUAA